UUAUUGUCGAUGUUGAUCAGCUGAAGUUCACAACUUUUCAAUUACUACUGCGUCAUUUAGUCGUUUGGCGCGCUCGCGCAUUUCCGUUUUGCUUGAGAGUGGAGCGCGUUUUGUGAAUUACUAAAAAUAUCUGGACAGUAAUUUUUUUAUACAUUAUUAAAAUAUCCAAAACAAUGUGGAAGCAACUAUUUAUAUGUUUAAGUGUUAUUUGUAUAUACGGUGAAACUAAAUAUUAUCAAGAGAAACAACGGAAUGAGUGGGUUCACAAAGACGACGGAAAUGAAAUAGGGACCCGAAAAUCUCAUCACAAAGGGCCGAGCCCGCCAGAUCAUACUAAGCUAGUAGCUAUGGCGAGAUAUGUUUUACAUAACUGUGACUGGGCAUCCAUAGCAACUAUUUCAACUUUACCCGCCAUCGAAGGAUUUCCAUUUUCAAACGUAAAAUCCGUUGUAGACGGGUCGAUGGCAAAUUCAACUGGGAUACCAUACUUUUAUAUGUCACCUUUGGAUUUCACAGCGCGAGAUUUAUCGAAAAAUACCCGCGCCACGAUAUUAGUGUCGUUAGAGCAGACGAGAUAUUGCGAGAACCAGAAGUAUGACCCAGAAGAUCCCAGAUGUACAAGACUUAUGCUUUCCGGGAAGAUGAAGAAGAUCAAAGAGAAUACUAAUGAGUACCAAUUCGCAAAGGCCGCUUUGUUCGAGAGACAUCCGGCGAUGGCAAACUUCCCAACUGAUCACGACUGGUUCAUCGCUAAAAUGAAGAUAGCGCAAAUUGCAAUGGUUGACUGGUUCGGCGGCGCUAAGUACGUACCAGUCAAAGACUAUCUGGCUUACAACUACACCGGCACCGAGAUGUUGCAAUAUCACAACCAAUUAUUACAUAAAUUUGAUAACGAUGUAUAAAAUUUAAACAGUGAAGUAU